AUGAAGAGAAAAUAUAGCAAUUCCACUUUUUUGCAAAAUUUUGGUAAAAUACGACGUUUACGUGAAGGUAAUUUUUAUCUUGCCAUUCUUUCUUCUUUUCUGCUUUUAGUUGGGCUCAUUGUGCCGAAAGCUGCGGUUAACGUGGAAAGUAUUUUUUCUCGUACUUUCCGAUUGACUUCAUAAAUGAAUUUCGCGGGGCCUCUUCGAUUUUUUGUUGAUGUUUUGGCUGUAAUCAUUGCUUUUAUCGUUUGCAGACUCUCUGUCAAUUAUGGGACACGAAAAUAUCUGGUUCAGCCACCCCAGAAACUACAGUGCCGGCUCCCGACAAUGCCGCGUGUGCAACAACCAUCACGGUUUGAUCCGCAAGUACAGUCUCAACCUCUGCCGUCGUUGUUUCCGUGAGUACGCUGCCAACAUCGGAUUCAAGAAGCUGGAUUAA